AUGGGACAGAUGUACCGAGACCGAUACUGCAAGUCCAGCGUGUUCAGCGCCCUGUCGUUCCUGGAGCCCCUGGUGACGAGACACGGUCUUACGCUGGUGGAGGUGGCGUUGCGGUGGUGUGUGCAUCACUCGGCGCUGCGGGUGACGGAUGGCCAGCAUGGGGUUAUUACGGGGUUUAGUAGUCUGGGUCAGUUGGAAAGUAAUUUGGAGGAUCUGGAGAAAGGGCCGUUGCCCGAGGAGCUUGUUGAGGCGUUGGAUCAGGCAUGGUAUAUGACCAAGGCUGAUGCUGCGAGGUUUUGGCAUGGAGAGUUGGUGUAUCAGUAUGAUAUGCAGAAGGUGCUGUUUGGGAACUAG